AUGAAGACCGUCACCGGAAGAGUUGUCAGUGAAGAACCAAUCUCCCUCACUACGGCGGCUAAUAUUCUCUCCGGGUUCGUUGCCUCUAAGAACGGCGCCUCUCAAGACGUCAGUGCGUACCUCCGACGCGCCGCCGCUGCCUUCACCGAGUUGAAGAGCAUGCACAGGGAGAUUAACUCGUCUUCCUUAAAGGGGAAGAAGAAGCUAAGAUCCGAGGCAAGGAAUGAGCAGAAUCAGAUUGACGAAUUCAAGGAGCUGGAUCGAGCUAAGGGGAUUGAUGAUUUGGUGGGAAACGGAGGGGAGAUUCGUUUCCGGAAAAGUGAGAUUGUGAGGGAAGAGGAAUCAAUUUGUGGUCAGGAACAGGAUGAGAUAAAGGAGGACAAGAAGAAGAAGAAGAAGAAGAGUAAGAAGAACAAAGAAGAAGAUGUUGUUGACGAGAAGUUGGAAGACGAGCAAAGGAACGAAGAGAGAAAGGAGAGAAAGAAGAAGAAGAAGAAGAGCAAAGAAGAGGACGUUAUUGACGAGAAGGUGAAUGAGAAGCUGGAAGACGAGCAAAUGAGUGAAGAGAGAGAGGAGAGGAAGAAGGAGAAGAAGAAGAGGAGGAAGAGUGAUGGAGAGACGAAUUCGGAGGAGAGGAAGAGCAAGAAGAAGAGGAAAUCAAAGGAGAUUGAUGGUUGA